ACAUAUGAUCGAGACACAUAUCAUUAGUUCAUUAGAAAUUUACACGUUUCAAAGAAAAAUAAAUAUUGUUUUUGUAGAGAUGAUUUCGACAUUAUCAAGAUCCUUUGUUUGUAGAUGGAAACAAAAGUCCAUUGUUCGUUUGUGCCACAAAUUAGUACCGGCUUUAACACAGUUAACAAUGGAUGAGCAAAUAGUGAAGGAAACAGUGCGAAAGUUCGCACAAGAACAAGUGUCACCUUUAGUAAAACAAAUGGACACUGAAGGAAAACUUGAUGAAAAUUUGGUUAAAGCCCUGUUUGAUAAUGGAUUAAUGGGUAUUGAAGCUAGAGAAGAAUAUGGAGGGACCGCUUCGAACUUUAUGACCACUAUUUUGACGAUCGAGGAGCUAUCAAAAGUAGAUGCUAGUGUUGCUAUUUUAGUGGAUAUUCAUAAUACACUAAUUAUUGCUUUGUUAAAUAAGCUUGGGACACAAGAACAAAAGGAUAAAUAUUUGCCUAAACUUGCUCAAGAAUUCGCGGGAAGUUUUGCUCUUUCUGAAACUUCAUCUGGUUCAGAUGCAUUUUCUUUAAAAACCAUUGCUAAAAAAGAGGGCAGUCAUUAUGUACUGAAUGGUUCCAAAAUGUGGAUUUCCAAUUCUGAUAUUGCUGGUGUUUUUCUUGUGAUGGCUAAUGCUGAUCCUUCGAAAGGAUACAAAGGUAUUACAACAUUUAUUGUUGAUCGUGACACCGAAGGAUUUACUAUUGGUAAAAAAGAAUCAAAACUUGGAUUGCGUGCAUCUGGAACGUGUCAGCUACAUUUUGAAAACUGCCAUGUACCAGAAGAAAACAUUUUAGGAUGCUUAGGUCAUGGAUAUAAAUAUGCAGCUGGAUUCCUCAAUGAGGGACGAGUAGGAAUCGCAGCUCAAAUGGUAGGCAUUGCUCAAGGUACAUUGGACGCCACAAUGCCUUAUUUGCUGGAACGCAAACAAUUCGGACAGGAUAUAUUUUCUUUUCAAGGCAUGCAAUAUCAAGUUGCUAACAUGGCUAUGCAGCUCGAAGCAGCCCGACUACUUACAUACAAUGCUGCUCGCUUAGUGGAGAACGGAAAAGAAUUUGCAAAAGAAGCUGCAUUUGCCAAAUGCUUUGCUAGUGAAGUAGCCCAAGCAAUUUCUAUUAAAUGUAUUGAUUGGAUGGGUGGUAUAGGAUUUACUACGGAUUUUCCCCAGGAGAAGUUCUAUCGUGACGUCAAAGUUGGAUCUAUCUAUGAGGGUACAACAAACAUGCAAUUAAGUACUAUUGCGAAACAUUUACGAAAAGAGUAUACGAAUUGAUUAUUAAGAUAGAUUCAUAUCUUUUAGGUUUUUGUACGUGGAUAUUAAACAAUGCAUUUUUAUAUCAAAAAACAUAUUAA